AUGGACUCUGAUCUGAAAUUUUAUAAAGGAAGAACUGCCAGUGACAGCCUUGUUGCAGAUCCUUGUGCCAGCAACCCUUGUCACCAUGGCAACUGCAGCAGCAGCAGCAGCAGCAGCAGCAGCAAUGGCUACCUCUGCAUUUGCAAUGAAGGUUAUGAAGGUCCCAACUGUGAACAGGCACUGCCCAGUCUCCCAGCCUCUGGCUGGACGGAGUCCAUGGCACCCAGACAGCUUCAGCCCGUCCCUGCUACCCAGGAACCUGACAUAAUCCUACCCCGCUCUCAGGCAACGGUGACACUGCCAACCUGGCAGCCAAAAACAGGACAGAAAGUUGUAGAAAUGAAAUGGGACCAAGUGGAGGUGAUUCCAGAUAUUGCUUGUGGGAAUGCCAGUUCUAACAGCUCUGCAGGGGGACGCCUGGUAUCCUUUGAAGUGCCACAGAACACCUCAGUGAAAAUCCGGCAAGACGCCACUGCUUCGCUGAUUUUGCUGUGGAAAGUCACGACCACAGGAUUUCAACAGUGCUCUCUCAUCGAUGGCCGCAGUGUGACCCCCCUCCAGGCUCCGGGAGGCCUUGUCCUCUUGGAGGAGAUGCUUACCUUGGGGCAAAAUCACUUCAUUGGUUUUGUGAAUGAUUCUGUUACUAAAUCUAUUGUGGCUUUGCGCUUAACUCUGGUGGUGAAGGCCAGCACCUGUGUGCCAGGGGAGAGCCAUGCAAAUGACUUGGAGUGUUCCGGAAGAGGGAGAUGCACCACGAAGCCAUCAGAGGCAUCUUUUUCCUGUACCUGUGAGGACCAGUACGUGGGUACUUUCUGUGAAGAAUACGAUGCUUGCCAGAGGAAGCCCUGCCAGAACGGAGCAAGCUGUAUUGAUGUGAACGAAAAACACGAUGGAAGCAACUUCACCUGCGUUUGCCCUGCAGGCUAUACUGGAGAGCUUUGCCAGUCCAAGAUUGACUAUUGCAUCCUGGAUCCAUGCAGAAAUGGAGCAACAUGCAUUUCCAGUCUCAAUGGAUUCACCUGCCAAUGUCCAGAAGGCUACUUUGGAUCUGCUUGCGAAGAAAAAGUGGACCCGUGUGCCUCAGCGCCGUGUCAGAACAACGGUACCUGCUAUGUGGAUGGGGUGCAUUUCACCUGCAGCUGCAGCCCGGGCUUCACAGGGCCCACAUGUGCCCAGCUGGUUGACUUCUGUGCCCUCAGCCCAUGUGCUCAUGGCACGUGCCGCAGCGUGGGCACCAGCUACAAAUGCCUCUGUGACCCAGGUUACCACGGCCUCUACUGUGAGGAGGAGUAUAACGAGUGCCUCUCCGCGCCAUGCCUGAACGCCGCCACCUGCAGGGACCUUGUUAAUGGCUACGAGUGUGUGUGCCUGGCAGAAUACAAAGGGAUACACUGUGAACUGUACAAGGAUCCCUGUGCUAAUGUCAGCUGUCUGAACGGGGGCACCUGCGACAGCGAAGGCCUGAAUGGCACAUGCGUUUGUGCACCAGGGUUUACAGGUGAAGAGUGCGACAUUGACAUAAAUGAAUGUGACAGCAAUCCCUGCCACCAUGCUGGAACCUGCCUGGACCAGCCCAAUGGGUAUACUUGCCACUGCCCACACGGCUGGGUGGGAGCAAACUGUGAAAUCCACCUCCAGUGGAAGUCUGGGCACAUGGCAGAGAGUCUCACCAACAUGCCCCGGCACUCCCUCUACAUCAUCAUUGGAGCCCUCUGCGUUGCCUUCAUCCUGAUGCUGAUCAUCCUGAUCGUGGGGAUUUGCCGCAUCAGCCGCAUUGAGUACCAGGGCUCUUCCAGGCCAGCCUACGAGGAGUUCUACAACUGUCGCAGCAUUGACAGCGAGUUCAGCAACGCCAUCGCUUCCAUCCGUCAUGCCAGAUUUGGAAAGAAGUCCCGGCCUGCAAUGUAUGACGUGACCCCCAUUGCCUAUGAAGAUUACAGUCCCGAUGACAAACCCUUGGUCACACUGAUUAAAACAAAAGAUUUGUAAUCUUUUUUUUUUUUUUUGGAUUAUUUUUCAAAAAGAUGGGAUACUUACCCUCAUUUAAAUAUUUUUAAGAAGAUAAAAAGCUUAAGGAAUUUAAAAUGGUAGCUGCUCAAGAGUUUUCAGUAGAAUAUUUAAGAACUAAUUUUCUGCAGCUUUUAGUUUGAAAAAAAUAUUUUAAAAACAGAAUUUGUGAAAUUCAUAGACUACGUUUUAAUGUCCUUUCGGCUCUUUAAACUGUACGCUUCUACUAGUGCGUGCUCUUUCCAUUGUAGACACUAUCACAAAACCCAGAUUAAUUUCUGUGGUUGUUACAGAAUAAGUCUAGUCAAGGAGAAGUUUCUAUUUGAUGUGUGAGUGCUGGCUUUCUGAGUAGAGUUAGGAAAAACAUGUAGAGUAUGAUGCAUAAUAACCGUAUACCUGUUACUUAAAAAGAAGUCUGAAUUGUUUGUUUUGUGAAAAAAGAAACUAGUUAAACUUACUAUUCCUAACCUGAAUGAAAUUAGCCUUUGCCUUAUUCUGUGCAUGGGUAAUUUAUUUCUGCACUGUUUGGUUGAACUUUGCAGAAACAUUCUUUCGAGUUUGUUUUUGUCAUUUUCGUAACAGUUGUGGAAGUAGACCUGUAGGUCAUACCUAAUAAAGAGGCUCAGCAAGGGGAAUUAUGAUCAGUUUGCAUCUCUAUUUUUCUUAUAAGUCAAGAUUUCUCUAUUGUGAGUAAAUUAACUUUCCGUUUGAGGUGUUUGUUGCUAAGAGGUAGUAAGUGUAAGAGAGUACUGGUUCCUUCCGUAGUGAGUAUUGCUCAUAGUGCAUCUUUAUUUAUAUCCAGGACAUUUCCGUGGCUGUAUUUGAUUGAGAUGUGCUUCUUCUGAUUCUUGCUAAUUUCAAAGAAUACUGAAUAAAUGUUAUCAAGUCAA